AUGCCCAGGGCCUCAGGACCCCCAAAAAAUUCUGUCGCCCCUCUCCUUCUCCCCCUUCUCUCCCAGCUGCUCCCCGCCGGGACCAAGGUGCUGCGGCUCAUGCCCAACCUCCCGUGCGUGGUGCAAGCAGGGGCCAUGGUGUUCGCCCGGGGCAGCGGGGCCAGCGACGAGGAUGCCGCCCUGCUCCAGAACCUCCUGACCUCCUGCGGGCUCUGCGAGGAGGUGCCCGAGUCCUACAUCGACAUCCACACCGGCCUCAGCGGCAGCGGGGUCGCCUACGUGUACCUGUUUGCCGAAGCCCUGGCCGAGGGGGCCGUGAAGAUGGGGAUGCCGGGGGGCUUGGCCAGCAGGAUCGCGGCCCAGACGCUGCUGGGCGCAGCGAAGGUGAUGCUGGAGACGGGGGAGCACCCGGCCAAGCUGCGCGGGGACGUCUGCACGCCCGGCGGCACCACCAUCCACGCCUUGCACCAGCUGGAGAAGGGCGCGCUGCGCGCCACCGUCAUGAACGCCGUGGAGGCUGCCACCAAGCGAGCCUGCGACGUGGGCGAGGACUAGGGGCCAGCUUGGGGACGGCCACCUCCGUCCCGUCCCCCGGUGCCAGGGACCGGAGCUGCUGCUGCUUCUCGUCCUCCAGCCGUGGUGAUCCCAGACCAAAGCCCUCCGGGGACCUCGACCCCUCGGGAGAACCUGGCCGGAGGUGGGAGGUGCCCACGUGGCUGGCCACCGCUGCAGGGCUGGGACCCAAUAAAGGUGGGCAGCACCGAG